AUGGUGUCCAUCGAAUCUCUCCUCAAUCCUCUUCCCACUCCUUCGCCGACAAGCUCCGCGAGUACCAUCAUGCUGUGCUCUCCUCGCCAGAAGAAACAGAAGAUGGCCAAAGACGCCCCUAUCUUUCAGCGCGGAAAGCCCAAAGGCGAAGUACGCUAUCCUCCUUGCGAAAUGCGAAACGGCGAAAUUGCCAGUCUGCAUCGUGACUUUCACAUCCAUCCUUUCGGCAACAUCGCCGACUACCCACGCCACAUUCCGUAUAACAGUGACAAGAAAUCAUUCCAGGAAAGGACAGGGCGCGAAAGCUUUGAGGUUUUUCAGUACACAUUUCAAAUUCCCGGGGAAGAGAAGCAGUGGACGGUGAUGUGGGAUUACAACAUUGGUCUCGUCCGAAUAACCCACCUCUUCAAAUGCAACGACUACUCAAAGACAACGCCAGCGAAGAUGCUGAACCAGAACCCCGGACUUCGCGAUAUCUGCCACAGCAUAACGGGCGGCGCCCUCGCGGCACAAGGAUAUUGGAUGCCAUACGAAGCCGCCAAAGCCGUUGCAGCAACCUUUUGCUGGAAAAUCCGCUACGCACUCACCCCCAUCUUCGGGGCCGAUUUUCCGAACACAUGCAUCCCACCCAGUGACAGCAAUCGGUUCGGCCGAAUGAUCAUUGAGCCCGCGAUAGUCCAGAUCGCAACGAGGAAUGCUGACGAAUACCGCUUGCUUGAACUUCGUUCAUCGCCGCCAGACUCGUUCGAAACAGACUACCCCUACCGUCCGAGCUCCGCUCCCGGCAUCGAUAGAGGCCGGACUAGCGUAGCCCUGGGCCGACACAUCCUUCCCAAGUCCCACCACCACCAACGCCGCCAUCGCAGCAACACCUCCUCGACGUCUACAGAUACAUCCCUAGUCGGGUACGGCUCGUCUCCUGAAAGAGAAUAUCACAGCAGCGCCGAGCGGUAUUAUGCGUCUCCCGUUAGUCCGCCCCGAAGCUCAUUUACACCCGUCAACACGCCUCGCAGCAAAGACAUCUAUCCUAACGACUCGGCCAACCUCCUCCCAUCCUCUCACAGACUUAUAGCAUCGCUUACGAGCCCUAAGGAGAGAGAACGAGAGCGGGCAAAAGCAAGAGUGAUUCCUAACUCUGUCCCAUCCAGUCAGCCUACACUCACUACCAGAGGCAUCGCCAUUCGCACAGUCGCAGUCGCGGAUGGCAGCGACGCCGACGCCGACGCAGAAACCGACCUUGACUAUUAUUUUGGUCCCGAUCCCGACACCACGUCGUCCGAUGAAUCUACAUCUCCAACCCUCUCGUCGGGCUCGGAGGGUAGCGACAGCGUUAGAUCAAUCGGUCUUGCGGCCCUUUACGCCGACGAUGAAGUCCACCAAGACACAGACACAGAGCUAGCUGAGUACCGCCCAUCAAAGAGAAUCGCAAUAGCGGGUCACAGACGAGAGAGGAUAGUACCUCCUAAUCCCAAAUCUCAUCCUUAUACGAAGCACGAGGUCUCCCGCGAGCCCGAGCCUGCACGUGGACAAGACUCUGACAGGGGUUUCAUCACCGAGCGUCGACCGUCCGAAAUAAUGGUAGCCCAAGCUUUGAUGGGAAUGCGUCGGGGAUCAGCGAGGAGGCCCGUUAGUUCUCCAAGCGAUGUCCAUCACGAUGUCCAUGGUGUUGAUGAUGGGCUAGAGUAUACUCAUGGUUGCCCUUGCUGUUGCCCUUGUCAUGAGCACGGCCAUGGCGAUGGUCACCAUCUCGCUACUUCCAUCACUUCCGGAAACCCACCCAGUCAGUCGGGGCAGAAGAGACGACGUGCACCAUCCGCGCCUCCUAACAUCCGAACCCACCGCAGCCCUCGCGAUCCCGCCAUACUUGACCAGGGUUAUCGCUCACACAAGGCCUGCCGGUCGAUCAAGGCCCAAGUGCGUAGUUCCACUGUCUAG